AUGGUCGGAUCGACCUACUCCUCGGAGUCAGGGACCAGGCCCGUGACUCCCCUCAACCUGCGGUCUCAGAUGGAUGCGGGGUACCAUAGCGGGGGAAUUACCAUCGUAGAGAAGCAUGUCAUGAGGGAGCUACCGAAUGCACAGAACAGUCAGCUGGAGGCUGCUGCGAGCCAGCUCGAGUCGCCUGAUUGCUCUUCUGUCUCAGCUCAAGUGCUCUCAAGGCCGGCCGCUGGCAGCAGCCUUACGAGCUUUCCAAUCAGCGAGCUGUACCACGUGGAGCACUACCUCAAGGCGGUGCAGCGACAGUCCGUCGCAGCCCGUCGCAGCCUGCUGGGCCGGCGACAACAUGCGACUCCUGGCGCGCACGACGGCUCCGACCGAGCGAUUUUCGAAGACAUGCUGAGCUUUCAAAGGGAUCCCAUCCCGACCUCGCUCACGCGGCUCCCCACGGACCUGCAGACAAAAGCCGUGCGAAUGUUCCAAGACAUUCUGCACUACAUGGGGCUCAACGGCGCGCCGAUCACAGACGAACGCGAGCUGGCGCAGACGCUGGUGCGAAUCCUCAAAAUGGUUCUUCGAAAGCCAGAGAUGCGGGAGGAGUUAUACGCGCAGCUGCACAAGCAGACGCGGAAUAAUCACGACAGGGAGGCGUGUUUGCGGGCGUGGGAGGUGAUGCAUUUGUGCGCGUCGGUGGCGCCGCCUGGGGCGUAUCUCGGGACGCCUAUUACCGAAUAUGUGCAUGAGAUCGCGAACGAUGCGGGGGUGGACGAGGAGGUGAAGUCGCAGGCGCUCGCCACGUGGCACGCGCUGAAGAAGGCGAUGAAGAUCGGCGCGAGGAAGACGAUCCCGACCGUCGAUGAGCUGCUGGCGCUGAUGACGGGCCGUGCGCUCAAGACGAUGGUGUUCUUUCUGGAUGAUACGUUCGAGGAGGUCGGGUACGACGCGUCCACGACCGCCGCGGAGAUUCUGGAGGUGCGCAUGGGACUCAUUCGCCUGGAGGAGUUCCAGACCUUCGGGCUAUACGAGCACAGAAAAUACAUCACUCUCGCCAACAACAAUUCAGAGAACGUUUCCAACGACUAUAUGGGGAUCGACGAGAAAGCCUACAUGGGGGACGUGAUGGCGGAGCUCAUGAGUUUCAGAGAGAAGAGCGAGCGGCAAGUGCAGCUGCGCCUCCUCUUUCGCAAGAAGUUCUUUAGGGAGAACGAGGAGGCGAUCACAGACCAAGUGUUCGUGCAGCUGUCGUAUCUGCAGGCGAAGCAGGACUAUGAGGAGGGGAAUUACCCCGUGCCCAGGGAUGACGUGGCGCAGCUGGCGGCGCUGCAGUUGAUUGUGGACUUCGGCUUGCUUCCUGAGCCUGAGGUCACACUCGACUGGCAAGCGCAGGUGGAGCGGACUAUCCCAGUGCAGUUCCAGCCCAUGAGGCAGAAGCGCGAGUGGGACAUGGACGUCCUCACUCGCUACAAGGCUCUGUCGCACCUAACGCCUGAAGAUGCGAGGCAGCAGACGUUGAGAAUCAUCCGAGCUCUCCCCUAUGGCGGGUCUGCAUUCUACCAUGUGAGGCGCAUCGAAGACCCGAUCGGGCUGCUCCCCGGGCGAGUGCUUAUUGGCAUCAACAAGCGCGGGGUCCACUUUUUCAGGCCCUUCUCGAAAGAGUACCUUCAUUCAGCGGAGCUGCGGGACAUCAUGCAGUUUGGCAGCAGCCCUGCAGCGGUGUUCUUCAAGAUGCGCGUGGUCCACUUCUUCAGACCUGUCCCGAAAGAGUACCUGCAUUCAGCAGAGCUGCGGGACAUCAUGCAGUUUGGCAGCAGCCCCGCCGCGGUCUUCUUCAAGAUGCGUGUGGUGGGCUCGCUGCACGUCUUCCAGUUCGAGACAACACAGGGGGAGGAGAUCUGCCUCGCCAUCCAGACGCACAUCAACGAUGCCUUGACCCGUCGCUUCGCCAGGCAAAGAGCGCGCCAGCACAACGCGCCGAUGCUUGGGUUGGGGCCUGCUGGGGGUGGUGGGGCGGCUGGGGAAGGGAUUUCGGCGGGUGGAGGAGGAGGAGGAGGGGUGUUGGGGGAGGGGCAGGGGCAGGGGCCGCACCCGAUUACGGAGUAUGAGCAUCGGACGAAGGAGCUUUCAGAGAGCUUGACCAGGGCAUUUAUGCACAUUGAACAGUUGAACCAAGAAGUGGCAGCGCGGGCAGCAGCAGAGGCGAAGUUGCAGAGCGAGCUGCAGGCAGUAAGGGAGGCGCUGAGGCAGGGCGAGGUGGCGAACGAGGAGGUGGUGGAGGAGAGAGAUAGGUUGGCCGAGAUGCUGCAGAUGGCGAAUCAGCCGGGCAGGGAAGCAGCGCUGUCGUCUGGGUCAAUAACACCAGGGAACGUGAGGCGGAGGGACGGGCUUGGCAGCACAGGCAGCAACAUGAGUCUGCUGAAUGACGCCAGGACACGAGCAUUGGAGUCUCAGCUGAAGGAGGUGCAGGAGGAGUUGAAGGCUGUGAGCAGGAGGGUGGAGGAGCAGGCGCAGGCAGCUGCGAGGGAGAAGCAGGCGUUGGAGAAGCAGCUGGCAAAUCUGGAGCUCACAAAGGACAACGAGAUCAAGGCCUUGGAUCUGCGGUCGUCAGCAGAGAGGGAUGAGCUGGCCGCCAGGCUGGCGAUUGCGGAGCAGCGAUUGGAGGAGAGCCGGGCGGCGGAGGCGCAGUUGCGGGAGGAGGUGAAGGAGAAGGAGGCACAGUCGGAGCACCUGGAGGAGUUCUUUAAGGAGUUAGAUGAACUGAGAGAGAUGAAGGAGGAGAUGGAGAGGAAUCGGGUGGAGAAUCUGGAGGUGAUACAGCGGCAGGGCAAGCAAAUAGCGGAGCUGGAGAAGGCUUAUAAGGAGGAGAUCGUGCUGCGGAAGAGAUACUACAACAUGAUGGAGGACAUGAAGGGCAAGAUCCGGGUGUAUGCGCGGUGGCGGCCGCUGAGUGGCAGGGAGCGGGGCGAGGGGCAGCGCAUGGUGCUGGAGAUGCCGGACGAGUUCACGCUGCAGCACCCCUGGAAGGACCCGCUCAGACCUGGCCAGCCCAAGGCGUAUCAGUUUGACCGGGUCUUCGACCACACCGCCACUCAAGAGGCCGUCUUUGAAGACACACGGUACCUCAUCCAGUCAGCCAUUGACGGCUACAACGUGUGCAUAUUCGCGUACGGGCAGACGGGCAGCGGGAAAACUUUCACCAUCUACGGAGGGGACAACAACCCCGGGCUCACGCCGCGCGCCAUGCAGGAGCUGUUCAACUGCCUCCGGAAGGAGGCUGGGCGCAUGAGCUACAAGCUGCAGGUGUACAUGCUGGAGCUCUAUCAGGACACGCUGCAGGAUCUCCUGCUGCCAAAGAGUGCCACCAAGAGGAAGCUGGAGAUCAAGAAGGAUGCCAAGGGCAUGGUCGUUGUGGAGAAUGCGACUCUCAUCGAGGUGCAGUACCUGUCCCAGCUGGAGGCGGUGGUGCAGGGGGGCAUGGAGAGGAGGGCAGUGGCCGGCACGCAGAUGAACGCCGAGAGCUCUCGGUCGCACCUGGUGCUGUCGAUCGUGAUUGAGACGACCGACCUGCAGACGCAGAACGUGUGCCGCGGAAAGCUGAGUUUUGUGGACCUGGCGGGAUCAGAGCGGGUCAAGAAGUCACGCUCCGAGGGAGAGCAGCUCAGAGAAGCGCAAUCCAUCAACAAGUCCCUGUCGGCUCUGGGGGACGUGAUCAGUGCGCUGGCGCAGGGCGGCGGGCACAUCCCGUACCGCAACCACAAGCUCACGAUGCUCAUGAGCGACUCGCUGGGCGGCAACGCCAAGACGCUCAUGUUCGUGAAUAUUUCGCCAGCGGAUGGGAACCUCGACGAGACCCACAACUCGCUCACCUACGCCACGCGGGUGCGGUCAAUCGUCAAUGAGGCGUCGAAGAAUGUCGCCAACAAGGAGGUGCAGUGGCUCAAGAGCAGGAUAUCUCACUGGAAGCAGCUGGCCGGGGCGAGGGCCGAGGAGGAGGAGUUAGAUGAGGUAUGGGGUGGGAAGCAGCUGGCCGGGGCGAGGGGGGAGGAGGAGUUGGAUGAGGUGGGAAAGAAGAGGAUGCCGGUCAGUGGCAAGGAAGGGGGCCGAGUACGGAGCAUACGGGGUAUGGUAGUGGUGGUGAGGGUGAGGGUCGGGAAGGCAGGUGCAAGGGGUGGGAAGCAGCUUGCAUGGGCGAGGGUAGAGGAGGAGGAGCUGGAGAUGUGUGAGUUGAUGAUGAUGCUGGUUGAGUGGGCACUGAAGUCGGUAAGGGGUUAUGCUUAG